UAGAGAGAAAAAAAAAGAUGUUUCCUCAAUUCGGAGCGACGGCGGAAUCUCUGAGCAAGGCGUCGACGGCGGUGUUCCGGAUUGGCACCGACGCGCACCUCUACGACGAUCCCGAAGAUGUCAACAUCGCUCCUCUCCUCGACAGCAAGUUCGAUUCAGAGAAAUGCGAAGCUCUCAAGCGCUUGCUCGCUCUCAUCGCUCAGGGCUUCGAUGUCUCCAACUUCUUCCCUCAGGUUGUUAAAAAUGUUGCGUCUCAGUCCUUGGAAGUUAAGAAGCUGGUCUACUUGUACCUCCUGCAUUAUGCUGAAAAGCGUCCAAAUGAAGCAUUGCUAUCAAUUAAUUACUUCCAGAAGGAUAUGGGGGACCCAAAUCCGUUGGUGAGAGCAUGGGCACUUCGUGCCAUGGCCGGAAUCCGCCUUCAUGUAAUUGCACCUCUCGUUCUUGUUGCCGUGGGAAAAUGUGCUAGAGAUCCUUCAGUCUAUGUUAGAAAAUGUGCGGCUAAUUCUCUUCCUAAGCUCCAUGAUUUGCGGAUGGAGGAACAUACUUCUGCAAUUGAAGAGAUUGUUGGACUAUUGUUAAAUGACCAUUCCCCUGGAGUCGUUGGAGCUGCUGCUUCUGCAUUUACUUCUGUUUGCCCAAACAACUUCUCAUUGAUUGGAAGAAGUUACAGAAGAUUGUGUGAGAUUCUUCCUGAUGUUGAAGAAUGGGGUCAAAUUAUUCUAAUUGGGAUCCUUCUGCGGUAUGUGAUAGCGAGGCAUGGUCUUGUCAAAGAAUCCUUCAUGUUUUCUUUGUAUAAUAAAGACGAUGACAAUUUAGAGGAAGAUGAAUCUUACAUUAAUUUAAAAGAAGAUGAUGGUUAUGCCUCUGAGAAGACUGUAUCUGAAUUAGCAAAUAUGAUCUUCCAGUGUUACAUUGAAGGGCCAGAUGAGUACUUAUCACGAUCAAGUUCAACAAAUAGGGUUGCUCCUAAACUAGAUGUAUCACAAUUUACAUCUUGCAGUAAUGAUGUUGUGAAGAUCCUGCUUCAGUGUACAUCACCAUUAUUAUGGUGUAAUAACAGUGCAGUUGUACUUGCAGCUGCUGGUGUACACUGGAUAAUGGCUUCUAAGGUGGAUGUUAAAAGAAUUGUUAAACCACUCUUGUUUGUCCUGCGUUCAUCGUAUGCCUCAAGAUAUGUGGUAUUAUGCAAUAUCCAAGUAUUUGCUAAGGCUUUGCCAUCUCUCUUUGCUCCACACUAUCAAGACUUUUUCAUAUGUUCUUCAGAUUCCUAUCAGAUAAAAGCACUGAAGCUGGAGAUACUUUCUUCUAUUGCUACGGAUUCGUCUGUUUCAUUCAUUCUUAAAGAAUUUCAGGAUUAUAUAAGAGAUCCAGACAGGAGAUUUGCUGCUGACGCAGUUGCUGCCAUUGGUCUAUGUGCUCAGCGACUUCCAAAAAUGGCAUCUACAUCCUUGGAGGGAUUGUUGACUCUGAUUAGACAGGAAUUCUUUUGUGGUGAAAUUAGAUCCUUGGAUGGAGAAGAGGGCAUGGUAAUUCAAGCAAUCAUGUCCAUCAAAUCAAUCAUAAAAUUAGAUCCUACCAGUUAUGAGAAGGUUAUAAUUCAGUUGAUUCGUAGUUUGGAUACAAUCAAGGUUCCUGCUGCCCGUGCAAUGAUUAUUUGGAUGUUGGGGGAGUAUUGCUCUUUGGGUGAGCUAAUUCCAAGGAUGUUGAGCACUGUGCUUAAGUAUCUUGCUUGGUGUUUUGCUUCAGAAGCAUUAGAAACUAAGCUUCAGAUUCUUAAUACUAUUGCAAAGGUCUUAUUAUGCAUUGAGGGAGAAGAUGUUUUGACCUCUAGAAAAGUUUGGAGUUAUGUAAUUGAACUGGCUGAGUGUGACGUGAACUAUGAUAUUCGUGAUCGUUCACGUUUCUUAAAGAAUCUCUUUACAAGCAAUUUGGAGUCUCAACAUGUGGAAGAAGGAAAUAGUGAAACACAAAAAAGAGACCAGUCAUAUGUACUUGCAGAAUGCAUAUUUGGUGGACAGACAAAAGCUGUGACAGUUCCAUCUGAAUCCAACAAUUACCGGUUUUACCUCCCGGGAUCUCUUUCACAGUUAGUAUUCCAUGCAGCUCCAGGCUAUGAGCCUCUCCCAAAACCUUGUAGUCUUCCAUCCAUUGAUCUUGAUCAGUAUGAUGGAGCAGCUAAGGGGGAUGAUGCUGGCACAUCUGGGUCUUUGGAUGAGGAAAGUGCUUCCGAUUAUAGUUCUGAACAGUCAAUUACUGGUUCAAGCGAAGUUAGUGGCAGUGAAGAGACUGUUUCCGGCAAUGAAGUUGACAAAAAUGCUGAUCCAUUGAUCCAGAUUUCAGACACCGGCAAUGUCUGUGAAGACCGGAAUGGUGGGGCUCACUCUGGCACUGCUGGGUUUGGGGACUUGAUGUCAACGAAGUCUCUUGAGUCUUGGUUGGAUGAACCAGCCAGGUCAUCUAAAGGAAGUGAAAUAGAUCAGAACCGAGUUUGUAGAUCUUCAGCAAGAAUUACCAUGGGAAAUAUUGGAAGCCGAGUUAAACCCAAAUGCUACACACUCUUAGAUCCUGCAAAUGGAAAUGGGUUAAAGGUGAAUUAUUCAUUUUCAUCUGAGACUUCAAGCAUAUCCUCUCAUCUUGUAUGUUUAGAAGUAUUCUUCGAAAAUUGUUCUUUGGAACCCAUGUUUGAUAUAGUCUUGAUUGAUGAAGAUUCUAGCAAAAACUCUGAUUCUAACGAACAAAUACCACCAACAACUGAAAAUACCUUGAAAUUUCAUAUUGAUAAACCAGCACUGGUUUCCAUGGAGGAGAUCCCUUCGCUGGAUCCUGGUCAGACAGCAAACCAGACUCUACUAGUUCGCUUCCAUCACCACCUUUUGCCUCUGAAACUGGCUUUGUUUUGCAAUGACAAGAAAUUCCCUGUUAAGUUAAGGCCUGACAUUGGAUACUUUGUAAAACAACUUCCGAUCAGUAUUGAAGCUUUCAGAGAUAAGGAAUCCCGCCUUCCAGGGAUGUUUGAAUAUGUGAGGAGUUGCACCUUCACUGAUCACAUUCUAGAGCUGAACAAGGGCAGCAACUCCUUGACAGAAGACAAAUUUCUUGUGAUCUGCGAAUCCUUAGCACUAAAGAUGCUAAGCAAUGCAAAUCUUUCUCUUGUAUCUGUGGAUAUGCCGGUUGCUUCCAACCUCGAUGAUGCAUCUGGUUUGUGCUUGCGUUUCAGCAGUGAGAUCUUGAGCAAUCCCAUGCCAUGCUUAGUUACUAUUAGUGUUGAAGGCAAGUGUUCUGACCCAUUGAUUGUUUCUGUAAAAGUCAACUGUGAAGAGACUGUAUUUGGCUUAAAUUUCUUAAAUAGGGUUAUCAAUUUCUUAGUUGAGCCAUCUGUUACCCACUCUUAAGUUUUGAUAUGGGAUAGAAAAUUCGCAAAUAUCAAUUGAUUUGUGGGAAAGUAUAUUUGAAAAACAAGAAGAGCAUGGCUAAUCGUUUUGAAUUUUGUCUUUUGGGGAGGUAUUGGAAUUCUGGUUUUUCAGUUUUUUUUUUUCUCAUUUAUAUUGUUGGGAAUGAAGAAGGGCACGCCACCAAUGGGGGUCGGACGACUGUAAUCACUUUUUUGGUUAAU